AUGUACAUCACAAAGCCCGCUCCCCUCGUUGCGGCCCUCGGGGCGUCAACCAUCUCUGCGGCGCCGUCUCCGGAGAAGACAUUCGACGACUUUGACGAGAUCUCAUCGCUUUCAGACGAUCUCAGGACUGCCAUUGACCGUAUGCCGGUCCUUGGAUACGACGCCUCUAGCGUUCAUGACCUAUUUGUCGCGACUUUCAAACUGUACCAAGGUAUCUCUGAGAUUAACGAGGCGAACGUGGAUGCCGAAGCGGGAGACUUUAGCGAGGAUGAACAAAAAGAGAUUUGCCGGUCACUGCACAGAACGAGGUACACGCAGGGGAGCCUCAUCAUGCGGCUUGGUGACAAGGCCGAGCGCAUCAGCCAAUUCCCCCUCACCCCAUCGAUUGGCAAUGCCAUUGGCGCCUACGAGAAGGAGAUGACCAAGUUUCAGGGCGAGCUCAACAGCAGGCUCGACAACUGCUCGGACGACCAGAAGGAGCGCCUGGAAGAAGCCAUCAAGACGGCGAAGGCUCAGUAUGCUGCUACUGCGCCCAGGCCUUGA